AUGAAGACUGAUCGUCUAGUUACGUUUACCACCGAGACGAUUACUGGAUAUGCAUCUAUAACUGAGACUCUACUACUUGUUGCCACUCUCAGCACCACGUUUAGGACCAUCAGUGUGAAGAAGUAUACCCGGCCGUCGACAAUAUCGUCAGUGCAGACUAGGGAAGCUUCUCAAACCGCUUACACAUUUUCGAUUUCAAGCACAAGUUCUGAAGAACCAAGCUCGACUACAACUUCUGCUCCACUUACGUCUUCGCUAUCCUCCUCCAUUACUUCAACACAAAAUGUUCAGAGUUUGACUGAUUCGAGUUCUUCGAUAAUAACUGCAUCCGCUUCAGUCUUGUCAACACAAUCCAUUCAGAUCCACAUCCUAGAAACCACUACAGCAUCCCCGUCGUCCUCUCCAAGUCGCACACAAAGCGGAGAAGCCACACAAACAACCUCCACCACCCAACUCUCCACUCUACUACCAACAAAAACCCAAACGCUAAUCACUCUCCCAACAACAUCCAUACCCAAGUUCACCCCUUCACCCCCGCCAGCGCCCUCAGAACAGUUCCCAGCAAGAACCCUCACGAUUACCUUUACGACUCUGGGGUCAAUAUCACUCGUUCUAUUACUGGUUUCCUACUUCAUCUGGAGACGACGAAAAAGACAGGCGCCGAAAGUGCCGCGAAAGGUGCUGGGAAUGGGGAAUGGAAGGGUUUCGAGGAGGAGGAGAACGAUCUAUGA